GACUGAAGAGGGUAUGGCCAUGGCCACAGCUCCAAAGCGAGCCUGGCCCCCUUGGCCCCCUCUCCUGUUCCUGCUCCUUCUGCCCGGAGGGAGCUGCGGCGGGUGCCCUGCUGUCUGUGACUGCGCCUCACAGCCCCGGGCAGUGUUUUGUGCCCAUCGGCGACUGGAGGCUGUGCCUGGAGGACUCCCACUGGACAUUGAGCUCCUGGACCUGAGUGGGAAUCGCCUGUGGGGGCUUCAGCGUGGCAUGCUCUCCCGCCUGGGCCUGCUCCGGGAGCUGGACCUCAGCUACAACCAGCUGUCUAGCCUGGAACCCGGAGCCUUCCAUGGCCUCCAAAGCCUACUCACCCUGAGGCUGCAGGGCAAUCGGCUACGAAUCAUGGGGCCUGGGAGCUUCUCAGGCCUACCGGCCCUCAGGCUGCUGGACCUCCGCCUCAACCAGAUUGUCCUAUUCCUUGACGGAGCCUUUGGGGAGCUGGGCAGCCUUCAGCAGCUGGAGGUGGGGGACAACCACCUGGUGUUUGUGGCUCCAGGGGCCUUUGCAGGGCUGGCCAAACUGAGCACCCUCACACUGGAGCGCUGUAACCUCAGCACGGUGCCCGGCCCAGCCCUGGCCCGCCUCCCGACACUGGUGGCUCUCAGGCUUCGAGAACUGGACAUCGGGAGGCUGCCAGCCGGGGCACUCCGGGGCCUGGGGCAGCUCAAAGAGCUGGAGAUCCACCACUGGCCAUCUCUAGAGGCCCUGGAGCCCGGGAGCCUGGCAGGGCUCAAUCUUAGCAGCCUGGCCAUCACCCGCUGCAAUCUGAGCUCCGUGCCCUUCCAAGCACUCCAUCACCUGAGCUUCCUGAAGGUCCUGGAUCUAUCUCAGAACCCCAUCUCAGCCAUCCCAGCCCGAAGGCUCAGUCCUCUUGUGCGGCUCCAGGAGCUCCGCAUGUCUGGCGCAUGCCUCACCUCCAUCGCCGCCCACGCCUUCCAUGGCCUGACCGCCUUCCACCUCCUGGAUGUGGCAGAUAACGCUCUUCAGACCCUAGAGGAGACAGCCUUCCCUGCUCCAGACAAACUGGUCACCCUGAGGCUGUCCGGCAACCCCCUGACCUGUGACUGUCGCCUCCUCUGGCUGCUACGGCUCCGCCGCCGCCUGGACUUUGGCGCAUCGCCCCCAGCCUGUGCAGGACCCCGGCAUGUGCAGGGGAAGAGCCUGAGGGAGUUUUCAGACAUCCUACCUCCAGGGCACUUUACCUGCCAACCAGCCCUGAUCCGAAAGUCCGGGCCGCGAUGGGUCAUCGCAGAGGAGGGGGGGCAUGCCAUUUUCUCGUGCUCCGGAGACGGAGACCCAGCUCCGACUGUCUCCUGGAUGAGGCCACAGGGGGCUUGGCUGGGAAGGGCUGGGAGAGUGAGGGUCCUAGAGGAUGGGACGCUGGAGAUCCGCUCAGUGCAGCUACAGGACAGGGGAGCCUACAUCUGCGUGGUCAGCAAUGUUGCUGGGAAUGACUCCCUGAGGACCUGGCUAGAAGUAAUCCAAGUGGAACCGCCAAAUGGCACCCUCUCUGACCCCAAUAUCACCAUGCCAUCUAUCCCAGGGCCCUUCUUCCUAGACAGCAGUAGGGUCGCUAUGGUGCUGGCAGUGGGCUUCCUUCCCUUCCUCACCUCUGUGACACUCUGCUUUGGCCUCAUUGCCCUCUGGAGCAAGGGCAAAGGCCGGGUCAAACAUCACAUGACCUUUGACUUUGUGGCCCCUCGGCCCUCUGGGGAUAAGAACUCUGGGGGUAACCGGGUCACUGCCAAGCUCUUCUGA